AUCUUUUUAGGAAGGCAGAGGGAGAGGCUUAUGGACAAUUAAUUCCAGCAGGCUGUCGGCAACCACCGGAGCUGUGCCGCAGAUUUUCGGAAACAAGUGGACCACAGGGAAGACUCAUCUAGUUGUACACUUUGGACUGCUAUUUUGUCAGCUCUAAAAUGGCUUCCACGCUGGAGAAGCUCCUCACCCCGCUGUGCGGCGGUCCGCCCGAGCCGCCUAGGAAUAAAGUGACAGUGGUGGGAGUGGGACAGGUGGGCAUGGCCUGCGCUGUGAGCAUCCUGCUCAGGGAGCUGGCGGACGAGCUGGCACUGGUGGACGUGAUGGAGGAUAAAUUGAAGGGCGAGAUGAUGGACCUUCAGCAUGGAAGCCUCUUUCUCAAAACACCCAAAAUCGUCGCAGAUAAAGACUACUCGGUCACGGCCAACUCCCGCAUCGUGGUGGUGACUGCAGGCGUCCGUCAGCAGGAAGGCGAGAGCAGGCUCAACCUGGUCCAGAGAAACGUCAACAUCUUCAAGCACAUCAUCCCGCAGAUCACCCGAUACAGCCCAGAAUGCAUCAUCAUUGUGGUGUCCAACCCAGUGGACGUGCUGACCUACGUGACCUGGAAGCUGAGCGGCCUCCCCAAGCACCGAGUCUUUGGCAGCGGCACCAACUUGGACUCGGCCCGUUUCCGCUUCUUGAUGGCCGAGCAGCUGGGCGUCCACUCGAGCAGCUUCAACGGCUGGAUCCUGGGGGAGCAUGGCGACACCAGCGUACCUGUGUGGAGCGGAACCAACGUGGCCGGCGUCAACCUGCAGGCCUUCAACCCCAACAUUGGCGCUGACGGCGACGAGGAGAACUGGAAGGAGACGCACAAAAUGGUGGUGGACAGCGCCUACCAGGUCAUCAAACUGAAAGGCUACACCAACUGGGCCAUCGGCCUGAGCGUGGCCGACCUGACCGAGAGCAUCGUGAGGAACAUGAACAGGAUCCAUCCUGUCUCCACCAUGGUGCAGGGCAUGUACGGCAUCCCUGAGCACGUCUACCUCAGCCUGCCGUGCGUCUUGAACGGCGGGGGCGUGGCCAGCGUGGUCAACGUCACGCUGACAGACCAGGAAGUGGCCCAGCUGCGAGCCAGCGGCGCCACGCUCGGAAACAUCCAGAAGAAUCUGCAAGACAUCUGAGUAGUCAGUAGUAACUCUUUUUCUCCCUUUCAACUCCAGCUCAGGUCUCAUGGAAUCUAUACAUCCACUGACUUGCAACAGUCAAAGUCCACACUUUUAAACUUAUGCAGGCUCCAUCUACAAACUAGUUUUUGUCAUAAAUACACAUUAUAUUAAAGUCUUUUUGGCACAAAUAAAACAAAUAGUUUUAUUUUGUUUUCCGGCUAAAUGUUUGAUCAUUGUCUACAUUGUGGGUCUAACGUACCCACAAUGUUUGAUCAUUUUCCACAUUGUGGGACUAACGUACCCACAAUGUUUGAUCAUUUUCCACAAUGUACCCACAAUGUUUGAUCAUUUUCCACAUUGUGGUACUAACGUACACACAAUGUUUGAUCAUUUUCCACAAUGUACCCACAAUGUUUGAUCAUUUUCCACAUUGUGGAACUAACGUACCCACAAUGUUUGAUCAUUUUCCACAUUGUGGUACUAAUGUACCCACAAUGUUUGAUCAUUUUCCACAUUGUGGAACUAACGUACCCACAAUGUUUGAUCAUUUUCCACAUUGUGGUACUAAUGUACCCACAAUGUUUGAUCAUUUUCCACAUUGUGGAACUAACGUACCCACAAUGUUUGAUCAUUUUCCACAUUGUGGUACUAACGUACCCACAAUGUUUGAUCAUUUUCCACAUUGUGGGACUAACGUACCCACAAUGUUUGAUCAUUUUCCACAUUGUGGGACUAACGUACCCACAAUGUUUGAUCAUUUUCCACAAUGUACCCACAAUGUUUGAUCAUUUUCCACAUUGUGGUACUAACGUACCCACAAUGUUUGAUCAUUUUCCACAUUGUGGUACUAACGUACCCACAAUGUUUGAUCAUUUUCCACAUUGUGGGACUAAUGUACCCACAAUGUUUGAUCAUUUUCCACAAUGUACCCACAAUGUUUGAUCAUUUUCCACAUUGUGGUACUAACGUACACACAAUGUUUGAUCAUUUUCCACAUUGUGGGAUUAAUGUACCCACAAUGUUUGAUCAUUUUCCACAAUGUACCCACAAUGUUUGAUCAUUUUCCACAUUGUGGGACUAACGUACCCACAAUGUUUGAUCAUUUUCCACAUUGUGGGACUAACGUACCCACAAUGUUU